AUGGCGGAUAUAGAUAAACUCAACAUCGACAGCAUCAUCCAACGGCUGCUGGAAGUGAGAGGGUCCAAGCCUGGUAAGAAUGUCCAGCUACAGGAAAAUGAAAUCCGAGGACUGUGCUUAAAGUCCCGAGAGAUCUUUCUCAGUCAGCCUAUCCUACUAGAACUUGAAGCACCACUCAAAAUAUGUGGUGAUAUCCAUGGGCAAUACUAUGAUUUGCUUCGACUUUUCGAGUACGGUGGUUUCCCGCCAGAAAGCAACUACCUGUUUCUUGGGGACUAUGUGGACAGGGGGAAGCAGUCAUUGGAGACUAUCUGCCUCUUACUGGCUUACAAAAUCAAAUAUCCCGAGAAUUUUUUUCUUCUCAGAGGAAACCAUGAAUGUGCCAGCAUCAAUAGAAUUUAUGGAUUUUACGAUGAAUGUAAAAGAAGAUAUAACAUUAAACUAUGGAAAACUUUCACAGACUGCUUUAACUGUUUACCGAUAGCAGCCAUCGUGGAUGAGAAGAUAUUCUGCUGUCAUGGAGGUUUAUCACCAGAUCUUCAAUCUAUGGAGCAGAUUCGGCGAAUUAUGCGACCAACUGAUGUACCAGAUCAAGGUCUUCUUUGUGAUCUUUUGUGGUCUGACCCCGAUAAAGAUGUCUUAGGCUGGGGUGAAAAUGACAGAGGAGUGUCCUUCACAUUUGGUGCAGAAGUGGUUGCAAAAUUUCUCCAUAAGCAUGAUUUGGAUCUUAUAUGUAGAGCCCAUCAGGUGGUUGAAGAUGGAUAUGAAUUUUUUGCAAAGAGGCAGUUGGUCACUCUGUUUUCUGCACCCAAUUAUUGUGGAGAGUUUGACAAUGCAGGUGCCAUGAUGAGUGUGGACGAAACUCUAAUGUGUUCUUUUCAGAUUUUAAAGCCUGCAGAGAAAAAGAAGCCGAAUGCCACGAGACCUGUAACACCUCCAAGGGGUAUGAUCACAAAGCAAGCAAAGAAAUAGAUGUCAUUUUGACACUGCCUAG